AUGAAAACUGUUAUAUUUUUAAAAAAAAAAACUAUUUCUGAUGAUAAUUACAAAAAUUUAUUUGAAAAGUCAGGAUUUUAUACUAUAUUUAUUCCUAUUUUGAAGUGUAAUUUUGUUAAUCUAGAGAAACUAGAACAUUUAUUAAAAAAUUGUCCAUAUACUAUAUUUUCAGCAUUUGUUUUUACAAGUCAGAAUUCUAUAUGUGCUUUUAAGGAAGUUUUAAUGCGUAUUGAUAAACAAGAACUUGAACAUAUUUUUAAUAUGACAGUUUAUACAGUUGGGCCUGCUACUUUUAAUGCAGCAAAAGCUUUAGGAUUUCAUAAAGUUUUUGGAAAAGAAACAGGAAAUGCAGAAUUACUUAUUGAUUUUAUUAUAUCAUGUCAUACAGAUAAAAAUCCUAUAUUAUUCUUAGCAGGAUACAGAAGAAUAAAUCAACUUGAAAAAAAAAUGUUAUCUUCUGGAAUUAUUUUAAAAGAAUUAGUUAUCUAUAAAAUGGAAGAAUCUAAAAAAUUCAAACGUCUUUUUAAUGAAGUUAUUAAUGAUCAAACAUUAAAUAUUGAUUGGAUUGUUUUUUUUAGUCCUUAUGGAUCUGAUAUUGUAAUGAAAUAUACACAAAUAUCGGUUAUUUCACGCUUUAAAAUUGCUGCAAUUGGCCCCACAACAUUAAAACAUUUAAAUGAUAAAUGGAACAUAAAAACAAAAGUUAUGGCACAACAUCCAGAAGCGAACUCUCUUUUAAAAGCAAUUAUGAAUUAUGAAAAAAAUCUUUUAAAUGUUAAUACUAUACCUUUUUAG